ACUCAGCGGUCUCCGGUCCGCAGAGAUACAUAGCUGGGGCUCCAAUGACAAAGUUUGGCUGGUUGCUAAUCACCGUCGCGGGCUGCACGCGAGUAAUACCAGUACAGCUGUCGUCGUUUUAGGCUGUUUAUGCUCGUGUAUCGUUCAGACUGGGCGAUCGUGCUUAGAAAUUAAGAAUACAGGCAGAGCGAGUGUAAAGUGUGUGGGUGCAGCGAUCACUGGUCUCAGCUCCUUUAAGAGGGAACUGGACUCGUUACAUAAGAGACAACGACCGGUGCUUCUUAACCGAGUCUCAAGAACCGGACAGAGGAGCGUUUCCGUCCAGGACUGCAGAGAGACUUCUCAGCGUGGCACUCUGGGACAUGGCGCCGAAGACCGUGCUGAUCGUUUAUGCCCAUCAGAGUCCAAGCUCUUUUAACGCCUCCGCGAAGGAUGUGGCUGUGCAGACGCUCACUGCCCAGGGCUGUAAAGUCAUUGUGUCCGACCUCUAUGCCAUGAACUUCUGUUCCUCAGCAACAGCGGCGGAUAUCAAAGGUAACUUGAAGAACCCUGAGCACUUUCUGUACGGUGACGAGACCUUUAUUGCCUGGAAGGAGGAUAGACUGAGUGAUGACAUCAAAGAAGAGCACCGCAAGGUGGCACAAGCUGAUCUCAUCAUCUUUCAGUUCCCACUCUACUGGUUCACUGUUCCCGCUAUAAUGAAAGGCUGGAUGGAGAGAGUGCUCACUCGAGGAUUCGCCUACACUCUGCAGAACAUAUAUGACAAUGGCAUUUUUAAGGAUAAAAAGGCUGUGCUGUCAUUCACUACUGGAGGAAUAGAGUCUAUGUACCUCCCUGACGGCAUCAAUGGAGACAUCAAUGUUUUGCUUUGGCCCUUACAGAACGGAGUUCUGCGCUUCUGUGGUUUUCAGGUUCUGGCCCCGCAGAUCUUCUGGUGUGUUGGACACACUCCUCCCUCUGAGAGAACAGCUAUGUUAGAGGCAUGGCAGGCCAGGCUGAAAGGAAUGCUGGAUGAACAGCCUCUGCCCUUCGCUCCUACUAAGCUCUUUGACCUCAACUUCCAGGCAGGGUUCCGACUGCGUUCAGAUAUGAAAGAGGCAUAUGCCUCUCAACCCUAUGGCCUCACCACGGGGCAGCACCUUGGUAAACCGCUCCCUCCAAACAACCAGACCAAGUCUGCUCCACAUGACAAACAUUAGCGGCACCCUCACAAAAGAAAGCCUAGCAGCUGAAUCAAGCCUGAAGAUAAGAGUUUGAUGCUGAGUCAUUGUGAAAUAGGUCUUUACACUAAUCUAUGUUUACAUUCACACAAUUUAAGGUUAACUUCUAUCCGUAUCUAAAAUAUUUCAACCUUUGGCAGACCUGUAUGUUUUCCAUAGCUUUAACUUUACUAUCCAUUCCCCAAUCAUUAA